GUAGUCACCAAAAUAUAAGCGUUUCAGACUCUCUCUCUUCUCUCCUCCAUCAUGGCUCGUUCUUGGUUUCUUCAUUACUAUUUCUCUCGCUCCGGCCAUCUCUCAGACCCAUUCAGACGCCUUAUCUUCAUACCAACAUGGUUAGCUUUUCUAACUUCUCUUUUCAUUAUUGUCUACAUCUCUUCGACCUCAAAGCUUUUCAUGCAUCACCACCACCAUGAUCAUCUUCUGCUCAAAUCAUCAAUUGGGUCUUCGAGAAUCUCUCAACAAAGUGCCUUUGAUAUGCCCCCUAAAUCGGUUGGGGUCAGUGCAUGGACCUACAUUCAUGAAGAUCGAGACCCACCAGUCUGGAACCACACUACUGUUCGUCAAGGAAUUGAGAUUCGUCAGCCUGUGGAGAGUCAUCAAUCCAGUGAUUCAAAUGGAAACCAAGUGAAGGACGAGGUUUUCCAUGGGAAAGACAUCUUUCUGCAAGACUACAAAGAGAUGAAUAGAAGCUUUAAGAUAUAUGUUUAUCCCCACAGAAAGGAUGAUCCCUUUGCAAACGCCCUCUUGCCAGUGCAUUCAGAACCAGGGGGAAAUUACGCCAGUGAAGCCUACUUCAAGAAGGCUCUUAUGAAGAGCCACUUCAUCACAAAGGACCCUUCAGAGGCAGAUCUCUUCUAUAUGCCCUUCUCUAUUGCAGCACUGCGACAUGACAAGAGAGUGAAUGUUGGAGGAAUCCCAGAUUUUGUGAAAGCUUACAUUUAUGAUAUCAGCCAUGCUUAUCCCUACUGGAAUCGCAGUGGAGGGGCUGACCAUUUUUAUGUUGCUUGCCAUUCCAUUGGAAGCACAGCCACCAGGAAAGCAGAAGAAGUGAAGCUGAAAGCUAUUCAGGUUGUUUGCUCUUCAAGCUAUUUCCUAACUGCUUAUGUUUCUCACAAGGAUGCAUCAGUGCCACAGAUUUGGCCAAGACAUGGUGAUCCACCCAACCUUUCUGCAUCAAAUAGGAAAAAGCUGGCCUUUUUUGCUGGAGCCAUGAAUUCACGGGUACGUAAAGAGGUUCUGAAAACAUGGAAAGACGACUCUGAGAUUUUUGUCAACUCUGGACGCCUCAAGACUCCAUACUCGGAUGCACUACUGGGGAGCAAGUUCUGCCUCCAUCUCAAGGGCUUCGAAGUGAACACUGCACGUAUAGGAGAUGCCAUGUUCUAUGGUUGUGUUCCUGUGAUUAUUGCAGACUACUAUGAUCUACCCUUCACAGACAUACUGGAUUGGAAGAGCUUCUCACUCGUUGUUCCCUCCUUGGAUAUUCCUUUGCUCAAGAGAAUCCUUACUGGGAUAAGCUCCGACCAGUAUUCAGCAUUACAAAGGAAUGUAAUAGCAGCGAGGCAGCAUUUCAAAUGGCACCCUUUUCCGGUAGACUAUGAUGCAUUCCACAUGGUGAUGUAUGAGUUGUGGCUGCGACGAGGAUCUAUUAAGGUCCCUUUGCAUGGAUAGGGUACCCUAAACUGCUGUAAAAUUUUGAUUUGUAUGAUAUGCUUAAUAGAGUGUAAAAUCUUGUAUUUUGUACUAUUUUGUAUGCAUUU